CUCAGAUAUAAGUAAUUACUUCAUUUCACAAAUAACAUUUGCAAAAACAACACGUGGCAAUGUGGUUUCGAGUCGUAUUCCUCGCAUUUCUUGCAGCCCAUCAGGCGCAGGGUGAAACAUUGACUGCUGGCUAUGUUGAAGAUGUAAGGCUGGAUGAUGUGACCCAAUCUCGUAUAGUAUCAGGCUGGGAGGCAAACCUUGGGCAACACCCUCAUCAGGCAGCUCUGAGAAUUCUUAAUUGGCAGUGGCAGCUUAUCGGAUGUGGGGCAUCUGUUAUCCAUCAGAACUGGGUUCUCACUGCUGCUCAUUGUACUGCUAACUACCAAUAUGUCAUGGUGUAUGCUGGGUUGGUGCAACAGUCCAACGCAGAAUACUUCUCUACCUCAUGGGAGUGGUACAACUUCCCCACAUUCGACUCACAAAAUCCAAACUUGGUACAAACAAAUGACAUCGCUCUUAUCAGAGUUACAAUCCCUAUGACUUAUACAAACGCUUUGAAAAGGAUCCAAGUGCAGUCGACUGCCGACGCGUUCAGAGAGUAUACUGAACUUCAAAUGUACGCAAGUGGUUGGGGAAGGACCUGGACUCUAGGACCAACUUCAGAAGAACUUCGGUGGGUAUACUUGCGUGGAGUGAGCAGUUGGGAGUGCGGUGCUCUCUUCGGAAGUCUCGCAACCUCAGCAACAAUUUGUGCAAGAUUUUAUAAUGUCACGUCGCAGUCCAUAUGUCAGGGUGACAGUGGCGGUCCUCUUGUCUAUGAGAACGACCUAGGAACUCCAAUUCUGGUCGGUGUUAGCUCUUUCGUGGCUGGUGUCAACAGUGGCGGUUGUCAUUCUGGACAUCCUGGAGGAUUCAUUCGCCCCGGUCCAUUCCAUUGGUGGUUCCAACAAACUACUGGAAUAAACUUUGAGAGCCUUUCGGAUUAGCUUCGACAGUUCGGCAUACACAACGGAAUAAUAGAUCACGCAAGAUAGCUUCAAGACGUUAACUGAAAUUUUAUAUAAGAAUAUCUAGUUCAGUCAUAUAUUACAUUAUAUCUGAUCAGUUGAUAUUAAAAAAUAAAUAAAAGGAUAA